AUAUGUACAAUGAUGUACUAACGAGGUACAAUCAGGAACAUUAAUUAGUUGUUCCAUCUGCACCCUUUCGCUGGCUAAACACAUUGGUGUAACAGAUAGUGCGAUUUGAAAAACAUUCCGCUCCUUUCGGCAGAAUAAGAAUUGUUAUCGAACCAAUCCAGUAAAAAAUUAUUUUCAAAAUGGGAGGGAAAGGUCCUGUCGGCAAAAUGUUCGUGAUUAAACGUGAUGGACAUAAAGAGGAGGUCCACUACGACAAAAUCACUUCGAGGAUCCAAAAAUUAUGUUACAACCUGGACAUGGACUUUGUGGACCCUCCUGCAAUAACACUGAGAGUAGUCAGUGGUCUCUACUCUGGUGUAACAACAGUGGAGCUGGAUAAUUUAGCAGCAGAGACGGCAGCCACGAUGACAACAAUUCAUCCAGACUACGCAGUGCUGGCAGCACGAAUAGCAGUGGCAAAUCUCCACAAAGAGACAAAGAAGAAUUUCAGCGAGGUCAUGAACGACCUUCACAACACCAUUGAUCCCAUAACAAAGAAGCACACUCCAAUAAUUAGCAAGCAUCACAAUGAUAUCAUCCAGAAGCAUUCACAGAAGCUGGACUCGGCUAUAAUUUACAAUCGAGAUUUCAGCUACAACUACUUUGGCUUCAAAACCCUGGAGAGGAGUUAUCUGCUGAAAAUCAAUGGGAAAGUCGUUGAGAGGCCUGCGCAUAUGCUAAUGAGAGUGGCUGUUGGAAUACACGAGGAGGACAUAGACAGAGUCAUCGAGACGUACAAUUAUCUAUCAGAGAGAUACUUCACUCAUGCAUCACCAACAUUGUUCUCAGCAUGCACCUGUAGACAGCAGAUGUCCAGCUGUUUUCUCCUGACCAUGACUGAGGACAGUAUCGAGGGCAUCUACGACACCCUCAAGAGGUGUGCACUCAUCAGCAAGUCAGGAGGUGGUGUAGGAGUCAAUAUUCACUGUAUCAGGGCUAAGGGGACAAGAAUAGCUGGUACUAAUGGCGUAUCCAAUGGGAUUGUUCCUUUGCUGCGUGUCUACAAUAAUACAGCACGUUAUGUUGAACAGGGUGGGAACAAACGUCCCGGAGCGUUUGCAGUUUAUCUGGAGCCCUGGCAUGCCGACAUUUUUGAUUUUCUAGACCUAAAGAAAAAUACAGGAAAAGAGGAAUACCGAGCGCGUGAGCUCUUCUACGCUCUGUGGAUACCCGAUCUAUUCAUGGAGCGUGUCCUGGCAGACGGUACCUGGAGUCUGAUGUGCCCUCACGAGGCUCCAGGGCUUUCUGACCAUUGGGGUGAGGAAUUUGCAAAGCUGUACACAAAAUACGAGGAGGAGGCACGUUACAAGCGUCAAGUGCCAGCUCGUGAGCUGUGGACAGCAAUUCUAAUGUCCCAGGUUGAGACUGGAACCCCCUAUAUGCUGUACAAGGACUCCUGUAAUCGAAAGUCCAACCAGAAAAACCUUGGAACAAUAAAAUGCAGCAAUCUGUGCACGGAGAUAGUUGAGUACUCGAGCCCCGACGAGGUAGCUGUCUGCAAUUUGGCAUCAAUAGCAGUCAACAUGUUUGUGGAUCCAGUUAAGAAGACAUAUGACUUUGAUAAGCUCAAGACAGUCGUCAAAAUUGUCACCAGAAAUCUCGACAGAGUCAUCGACGUCAAUGAUUAUCCACUCGAGGUGACCAGGGUCUCCAACAUCAGACACCGUCCCAUGGGAAUUGGUGUUCAAGGUCUAGCAGAUGCAUUUCUACUGAUGCGUUAUCCAUUCGAUAGUGAGGGGGCCCAAAAGCUCAACAUUCAGAUCUUCGAGACCCUGUACUACGGUGCCCUGGAGGCCUCCUGUGAAUUAGCCCAGGAGAAGGGCACUUACGAGACGUACAAAGGCUCACCAGUCAGCCAGGGCAUCCUCCAGUAUGACAUGUGGGGUGUCACACCGACAAAUCUCUGGGACUGGGCCAAACUCAAGGAGAAAAUAUCUCAACACGGAGUAAGGAACUCUCUGUUACUGGCACCAAUGCCAACAGCAUCGACAGCCCAGAUUUUGGGUAACAACGAGGCCAUUGAGCCCUACACAAGCAACAUCUACUCCAGGCGCGUGCUGUCUGGUGAAUUUCAGAUUGUCAAUCCCCAUCUGCUGAAGGACCUGACGGAACGCGAUCUCUGGGAUGAUCAUAUGAAGAAUCUGAUAAUAGCGCACAAUGGAUCAAUCCAGGAUAUCGAGGAGAUACCAGAAGAACUCAAGACACUAUACAGAACAGUCUGGGAGAUCCCCCAGAGGAUGAUCCUCAAAAUGGCUGCUGAUAGGGGAGCUUUUAUCGAUCAGUCACAAUCACUCAAUGUUCACAUGGCCAAUCCAACCACCGAGAGACUCACCUCCAUGCACUUCUACGGGUGGAAAGCCGGAUUGAAGACUGGGAUGUACUACCUCAGGACCAAACCCGCCACCAAUGCCAUUCAGUUCACCGUCGACAAGACGAGGCUGAGGGCAAACAAACCGGCCAAUGUGGGGAAGGAGUCAAUGGAUGAGUCUCUCAACAAGUCACUCAAUGCCUCCAUUAAUGCUUCUCUUCAUAAGUCUUUCAAUCCCUCCAUCAAUUCAUCGCUUGAGGAAGAUGUUGCUCUCGUCUGCUCAAGGGAGAAUGGCGAUGACUGCAUGGCUUGCAGUGGAUGAAUACUCAUUAUUUUUCUAUAGUUACAGAAUUGUUACAGUAUUUUUCAGAAAUCCCCGUUAAGAUAUACUUUAAAAUAUUUUUUUACACCUUGGAGUUGGCUGUGAUUUUUUUGUACCACGCAGUUGAACUUGCAUUAUUAUAUAGAGUUUAAUAAAAGUUUGGAUUUCAUAACAACAUUAUAAUUAUUUAAACAUCAGCAGUAACGUUAAUUUAUUAAUAGUAGUCAUACAGAUGCACCAGGUAAUUAUGAAAACGGAUUCGAAGUCGUAUGGAAAUUAUUACAGUUUUUAAAUUUAUGUUUCUGUUAGAAGGAGAGAAAACUACAGAUUUUUUUAUCAGAAUUAUUUUUUAUGUUUUUUUUUUCUGAACAUGACGUGGAAACAGAGAUAUCACACUCUGAUUCACCCGUGAAAAAUUGAGGAGGCCACGCACGGACUUGAUUUAAUCGUAGUUCCACACGGGAAACAAAGUGUUCUCUCAAUUUGCAAUUCUACUGGUAAAUUAUCAUUUUUUUUCUCUAACGCACGAUUUAAUACUCAAUCGAGGUACCCUUUCCACCUGCACGACCACCCAACGAGCGAUAAAAUUGCGUGUUUCCGGUGCGGAGAGGAGUAUUUCUGCAGCGUAUCGGUGAAGAGAACAUAUGUCAAGAAAAUCCGUUCAUAUUAAUUAGGAAAUUUCUGGAAAAUAUCUGGGAUUAAGAAGAAAAAUAAUA